CCAUCGCCAACCUGCCUCAAGGCAACAACACCCCCAUCCGAACCUCUGUCGACAACACCUGAAUCCACCUCCACAAUGUGCAUCGCCGAACUCAACGUUUCUCUCCAGCCCUGCCGCCACCGCUGGUACCACCUCUCGCGCUCCUGCACUCCCUCCACCAACCUCUCCAACUGCCCGACCAAACUGGGCAUCUCCGGAUGGGAGAUCAAAUGCGACUUCUGCCCUUACUGCUCAGGCUGGAAUCUCUCCAACUCCGAGUACCGACUGGUCGGCAAUGACCGUGCUCCUAGCUCGGGCGGACUGUCUCGCAGCCCUUCCCUGACCCUCAACACCACACGCCGAGAGCUCCGCCGAGGAAGCUUAACCCGGACAGACAGCAGUUCAAGCAUUACCAUGAUCCAGGCCCAGGAGAAGAACCGCGCCUUGAACGCCCGCGUCAGCGAGUACUUCAGAGUGCCCGUGGCAGCAGAGCCCACGCCGAUCCCCUCCGCCUAUCCCGGAACUCUCCAUGAGAUCGACGAGGAAGGACCCAACGUGGCCAGCAGCCCCAGCGACACGUCGAGCGAAGGCCCCGACAGCGUGCGCCAUUCGUCGACGUCCUCGCAGCUCGACAGUCCCAGCAUCCUCAAGAAGAUGCGCCACAAGUCCAAGAGGCUGUCCCUCAGCAUCUUCAAAUGAAGCCAUCGCUAGCUACCACAGCAGAGCCGCCGUCUCCUCCAGGCUACUCUCUAUUUUCCCGCCAGCAUCUCUCCCAGGGUCACGCGACAUUUGCAUUCGGGCGGGCGGGCAGACUGGCGGUUUCCAGUUUCGCACCAACACUGUUCGGCCCUUUCCCCAAAGGCUGGCUGCAAUUCAAUAGUUCCACCCCAAAAGCAGCAGGCGCGCGCGGAUCCCCGCCAAGCCACCCACCCAUCAAUCGGGCCGGCGCCGUUGCCAGCGAUCCCCCCCGCCGUUGCGAACCUAAACACUGAACUCUAUUCCAUCCCGGCAUUGCAUCCUCUCUUCCUUUCCUCCAUGUCCUUAUUAUACAGCUUUUUUUGUCCAGUUCUGUAGCGCCCGUCUGGUUUAGGUCUUCUCCACUCUUCUUUCCUUCUCUCUCUUUACUAUUGGUUUUGUCAGAUACCCCUCUCAAAGGAUGUGCGUUUAAGGGACUGCAUGUUUUUGUUUAUCCACUCCAAGCGAUUGUUCAGUCCAAACACUCGCUUCUCUUUUUUCCAUCUCUCUCUUUCGGCGUUUGUUGCAAAGACUGGAUCAAACCCAUCGAUCUGGGUAAAUAUCUAUCUGCUCAUGUUUCGAAUUUUUCGAAGCUGAGUUGCAAAAAGAGAAGGGAUUCCCCCCCUCUUUUUUCAUUCAUCUGAAACGGAAUCUCGCGAUUUCAUGCGUACGUAUGUAUGUAUAUGUAUGCGCGACGCGCAAUCUUGAAACUUUUCUACUUGACCUUCUGGCUCUGGAACAUUCUAUGCAUGAUGAUGAUGAUGGGACAGGCAAAAAAAAAAGGGGGGGGAUAGGAAUAGGAAUAGGAAUAAAAACAAGGAGGCGUGUUACGCGUUUCUGACAAUUUGUUUCCAUCUCUCUCUCUCUCUCUUGUCUCUCUCAGCGCGCUUUGAUCUUCCCAUCUACUUUAACGGGAGCAACCAUGGGAAAUAUGCAUGGCAUCAUCAUCAUUAGCAUUGUCAGUCAGUCCAUCCGGCAGGAGCGAUAUUUUUUUUGUACAUAUGAUGAAUUUCAGGUUUAUUGUGAUAUUUUUUUUUUCAAUGGAUUUGUUUUUUCUUCUUCUUCUCUUUAUAAUAGAGUUUUGUUCUCCAUCUCUUCUCCUGCACACUGCACACUGUGCAUCCGACUCUCGCGCUCCUUCAAAUCCGUGGUAUUAAUUGAUUUUUCUUGAUUAAUUUUUUUUUGGGGGGCAUGCUCUCUGGAUUUAUC